AUGCAAAGGGUUCGAAAAAGGGAGGAUGAUGGUGAAUGGAUUCAAGAGGAAGCCAAAGUUGCGCUUGAAAAGCUUUGGGUGGAACCGGAUUAUGUGAAGAAAAGGGAUAAGGCAAUGAUGAACCGAGCAUCCGAGACUGGCGGGUGCACUAAUACUGGUGGCUCUAUUCCACACUCGGAACACAAGAAGAGAUUGAAUGAUUACAACAAGCUGAAGGAAGCCUGUUCUAGUCAAGCAUCGACCUCUGGAGAGUCACCUCUUGAACCGCAGGAUGAUGAUUCCAUAUUCAUGGAGGUGACUAAGUGGGUCAAUAAGAAAGGUCGUGUCUACGGUCUUGGAUCAAAGGCGUGA